AUGACAACGAAUUGUAUUAGAGAGGCGGCAAGAGAAGUGUUAGGGGUCUCGAAGGGUUUCUCUGGUGGCCAUAAAGGGGAUUGGUGGUGGAACGAAGAUGUUCAAGGGAAAAAAGCUAAGAAAGCGGCAUGUUUGAAGCUUGUAGAGAGCAUAGACGAGGUGGAGAAGAAGGCAAACAGAGAAUGGUAUAAGAAAGCUAAGAAGGAGGCGAAGUUAGAGGUUACUGCGGCUAAGACCGCGGCGUUCGGUCGUUUAUAUGAAGAACUUGGAGACAAAGGCGGGGACAAGAAGCAGUACAUGCUAGCCAAAGUGAGAGAAAGAAAGGCCCGUGAUUUGGACCAAAUAAGGUGCAUAAAAGACGAGGAAGGUAUAGUUUUGUUGGAGGAGGUACAGAUCAGGCGAAGAUGGCAGUCUUACUUCCAUAAACUCUUGAAUGAAGAGGGAGAUAUGAGUAUUGUGUUGGGCGAUUUGGAGUACUCGGAGCGACAUCGAGAUUUUGGGUACUGUAGACGCAUAAGAGUGGGGGAGGUCGAAGGGGCUAUGCACAGAAUGAGUAGGGGUAGAGCGAUCGAGCCAGACGAGAUCCCUGACGAAGAAAAUGCCCGAGGAGUGGAGGUGGAGUACGAUGAUGGGGAUAUCCAAAACUGCAACAACUAUAGGGGUAUCAAGUUGCUAAGCCAUACGAUGAAAGUUUGGGAGAGGGUGAUAGAAGGGAGGAUGAGGAGUGUGUCCAUUUCCGACAACCAGUUUGGUUUCAUGCCGGGACGGUCGACUACGGAAGCCAUUCACUUUGUGAGGAGGUUGGUGGAGCAAUACAUGGCGAUGAAAAAGGACUUGCAUAUGGUGUUCAUUGACCUAGAGAAAGCUUACGAUAAAGUCUAA